AUGGAAAAGAAGAAGAAGCAUCAGAAACUUGUGACUCCUUCUAGUCAAGAACCUGCCUCAAAUGACCUCUUGAGCAAGGAAGAACAAAAUCAAUCCAACGAGGCGCUUGCAGCAAAGAAUACCAAAACUGGGAGCCCCUCAGAAGAAAAUCUUUCUUCCUUAAACGAGCAAUACCCACAUAUUCUCCAAUGGACGUGCACCACUCAACAUGCUGCAGAGCAGUCUUCCUUGAAUCCAAGACCUUGUGCACCAAGCCUUGUAAGUCGAUGGCAGCAAGUAGCAACAUUGCAGCCAAAUACCCCUAAUCAUCCGAUCCUGCAGGGCCAUUUAGCGCAAUCGACCACACCCUUUUGGCUGCCUCAGCGACAUAGUUACCAAUUUCCUGCAGUAAGUGUGCCUGCCACAUUUCAGCCAUUCACUUCCAUUCCAACAGUUGAUGCUAGCUGCCAACCUUCUGCUAUAAUUGGAGGAACCACCUCAAGAAGCCAACAGCAAGUUCCAAAUCUCUGUUACCAUUUUGGUCCAUACCCGGGUUUUCCAGGUCCUUGGGAUCCCUCUUCUUGGUGGGCUCAUGGUCAACAAUCUCAGCCAUCUUUCAACUAUACUUCCCCGGGAGGUUAUGGCUACUUUUCUUCAGCACCUCCAGCAAUGCCUAAUUGCUCAGCAACCUUUGGAGAAUCCUCUCAAAGAGGAAUAAUCAGGCCUACAGCAAAACUUUCCCAGAAGCACCAACAACUUUGGGAAGCUCAAUCAGUUGAGAAUGUUCAGCUAUGGAGUGUAAUUGGUCAAUUGCAAUCAGAAAUAGCUGAUUACAAGAGCCGCUUAAUAAAGCUUGAAGCUGAAAUUUCAUCUUUGAAACCAUCUGUGGAUGAGCCUGCUGCUCAUGUUAUUCGAACUGGCUUAUCUGGAGCGGCAUCAAAGAGAGGGAGACCUAAGAGAUCAGUUGCUUCAGUUGAUGUGUCAGCUUCUCCUGAUGAGUCUCAUCCUCGAGCUAGAGUUAGAAAGCCUGCAGCAGGUAAAGUUCAACCUGAGGCUCGAGGUCUUGUUUUUGAGAAAGUUGCUCUGAACAAGUUGGAAGAUAGACAAAAAACAGCUCAGUCUACUUCUAGUACCCAGAAAGGUAAUGGUGAGAUCCCGUUCGUCAUGACAAACAGUAGUGUAAACUUGGAAGUUAAUGGAAGUAAUUUGUCGAUGCCUGCAUUCAACAAUCAAGUUCACCAGGAAGGUACUGGCAUACAAAUUUGUGGAAUUGAUGCUAAUUCCUCUUUACAAAUGAAAAGUAGUGGUGAUAAGGUAGGUGACGCUAAAGCUGCCCUUUCGAUUCUGUCUCAGCAACCUAAAGAAAACAAGGAGGGUGCUUCAGUUACACACAUGGGAGGAACAAAUGAUGAAACCCUUAGUUGGCCUGCUAGUGUCCACCCUGAAGAUCAGCCUCGGAGAAGUAUAUAUAAUACGAUCUCCCAAAGUUUCUAUGAUAAUGGCUGUGUAAUCAGACAAGCAGGAAAACUCAUCCCUGGAUGGAGUUUUGUGAAUGAAGAGGAUGCUUCAGAUGAGCUUGAAGAUGCCGUAGUAGGCUCAGCAAAGGAUGAGAAUGAAGAGGAAGUGGGAGAUGAUGUUAGCUCAGAAGCUGAAGAAAUUGCUUAAACAAAAGAUCAGGUUGCUUACAAGAUGGAUACUGCAGUAGGAACUGGCCCCAAGGAUCUGCCUCAAUAUAAUAACUGGUGAUAGAUAAUUGUUUGACAAGUAUAGUUGAUGAUGGAUGGAUUCUGCUCAAUUGGGCUUCAACAAUUUUGUUUUGUCGACAUUUAAGAGAGGUUUGCCCAAAAUUUUGUAGGAUAGCAGGGUUUAACCAGGGCAAAGACCCACAUCUAAUGUUAUACUAUAUAAGUCUUACUGAUUAAAUUUAUCACAGAUUGUCCUCUUGUAAUUUAUCAAACAACAUUUGUAGCAUG